UCUAUGGAUAAGGGCUCCUUUUAAACAUUCGAGUUUGAUAGAGUUGUGUAUCGUGGCUUUGGUCUGGGCCAUAUUAAGUCGGCGAAGAAAUAUACCGAUGAUACUAUUCUCUAGUUAUCUCGAAGUUCCUGCCAUCUCUCCGAGAUGAGGUUUCGGUGUGAAUCCGAUCGCGUAGAACUGAUAACGCGGAGAGAGGGGCGACGUCACAGUUGAACGCUAUGACUGCACCUCGACGAACAAAGCAAGGAUCUUAUCAUGCCAACCACAUACCAGGGUCGGUAGAAGGGUUUAUGUUUAUCUCCAUGACUAGUGCUAGAAUAGAGAGGAGAUAUUGGGGAGUAGCAUUUAACAUACCUGCUUGCUCCUUUUCGCUCCUAGAUUUGAAGGGUAUUAGUCUAUUCAAGCUUCGCUAGCACUGUGACUGCGAAAAUGUCCGAGAAGAAUGAUAUUCCAAUCGCUCAGAGCUCAGUUGAUACUGAACAUGGAGUGGGAAGCGUACUACCGAAGCAAAAUGCUUUCCAACGUCUGAUCCACCGACGGAACGAUCUCAAUGAAUUGGGAAGAGACAUGUUGCAGAAGUCAUUGCAAUAUGACCAAGCUCAACUCGAAGCAGACGCCAUCAAAGUGCGUUGGAAAUUGGAUCUUCUGGUGCUUCCGAUGAUGAUGACUACAUAUAUGUUGUCGUUUCUUGACAAACAAACGCUCAAUUACUCCAAUGCGUAUGGCCUGCAGCAAGAUACCCGUAUGACGGGCGAUAAUUACUCUUGGGUCGCUUCGGCCUUGUAUUUCGGCUGGCUUUGCGGAGCUUGGCCGUGGAAUAUGUUGUUGCAGCGUGUUGCGAUCGGAAAGCUGGUCGGCGGGAUGCUAUUUGUCUGGGGAGCCCUAUGCAUGCUGCAAGCCACGGUAUUCAAUUUUAGUGGAUUCUUCGCUAUUCGCUUUUUCUUAGGCAUGCUUGAGGCCUGUAUCUCGCCUGCAUGGGUACUUCUCACUUCGAUGCUCUGGACUCGAAAAGAGCAGACAUUGCGCAGUUCCAUUUGGCUGUGUACGAAUGGUGUCUCGAAUAUCCUGGGGGCGCUUCUGGCUUAUGCUUCAGGUGUCGCAGGAGGCCUAUCAAUAGCCCAGUGGAAAUUGAUAUUCCUGAUAGUUGGCGCUCUCACCUUCGUGUGGGGAUUUGUCAUUUUGCUUUUCCUUCCAGACGGACCCCACAAUGCGAAGAUGUUGACAGAAUAUGAACGUAUUGUCGCCAUCUGGCGUGUUUCCAAUAAUCGGAUUGGUCUUAAGGAUGCGACGAUUAGACCAUACCAAAUCAAAGAGGCCCUACUCGAUGGGAAAUGCUAUUUGAUAUGGAUGUCCGGAAUAGCUCUCGGAAUACUCAAUGGAGCCGUGACCAACUUCAUGUCGGCCAUCAUUAAAGGAUUCAAUUUUGACGCGCUGAGGGCAUCUCUACUCCAAGCUCCAGGAGGCGGAUUUGAAGUUGUCGGCUGUAUCCUGUUGGGAUUGUUGUCACAACUUCCAAAUAUGGUCGGUGCAUCGAUCAUCAUCGGGUGUCUGCCUGGCAUAGCCGGACUUGUCGGUAUUCUCACUAUUAAUAUCGAGCAUCGCUAUGCUCUUGUGGCCAUGUGCUGGUUGCAGAAUAUACUUGGGUCGCCCGUGGUUUUGAAUUGGACGGUCCCUGGCCUCAACGUAGCUGGACAUACCAAGAGAAGCACGGUUAUUGGUAUAUAUUUCGUGUGUUUUGUUGUUGGAAACAUCAUCGGUCCCCACCUCUUCUUGUCACGAGAAGUGCCGAGAUACCCGACAGCGAUCAAGGGACUUCUAGGUACAUAUUGUGCGGUGGUUGUAUUCCAAGCAAUUUACACUUUAUGGUGUUGGAUCGAGAAUAGAGAGCGCGACCGAUUGGGUCAACGCGCUGAAGCAGUGGAGGAAGAGCUACUAGAAGGCUUCGAGGAUUUGACCGAUAAACAGAAUAAGCACUUCCGAUAUAGGCUUUAAUCGCUGGAAGGCAGGAUAGCAGUAGCUUUAAUACGAUUUUAGCACCUACCUAGGUACAUAAGCCACCAACGCCUUCCUGCUGAGAAAAUACGUAUGUACCUAGUUUCAGUAUAGUUUUAGGUACCUAGGUAGGCCGUAAACACGGCAGGUAAGCCACUAAUUUUCCUUAAA